AUGGACAAAUGGGUGGUAGUGGGGUUGUUAGUAGUUGCACUCUUAAUGCUUCUCUCUCCUACUACUACUUCAAGGAACAUACCCAACAAGGAACCAGGCAAAACCAUGGAUGGUCGAGGCGGUGGAGGUGGAGGAGGUGGUUCCAGCCACCACGGAGAGUGGAACUUCCGGUGGGGAUGCGGGUCAUUGCCCGAUGGAAACUGGGAUUACUGGUGGGGCGUUGGUAUAGGCCCCACCGGCAGUAAUUGGGGGUUCGGAUCAGGUUCGGGUCAAAACAGAGGAGGUGGUGGGUUUGGAUUCGGAUGGGGUGGAUCUAUUCCAGAUGGUGGUGGCAGUAGUGGUGGCGGCUUUGGGUAUGGUUACGGAGGAGGACGUGGUGGUGGAAUGAAUUUUAAUGGGAGGUUUGGUAUUGGUGGUGGUGUUCCAAGUUCUGGUGGGCAACCAAGGUCAAAUGGGGUAACCAACAUGAAUACUAAUGACCAUGCUGGCACUAGACCUAGCAGGAAUGGGUGA